AUGGCGAACCUCAAUUUCACACACUCGGAUGCGCCGUUGAAGAUCAUCCAGGAGAUACAAUUUGGCCUGCUGUCGCCGGAGGAGAUUAAGAAUAUGAGUGUCGCUCACAUUCUUUACCCUGAGACAAUGGACGAGAGCAAGAUGAAGCCGCGCGAUGGAGGACUGAAUGAUCCGCGACUCGGUUCUAUCGACCGUCAAUUCAAGUGCGCCACUUGUGAUCAAAAUAUGUCCGAAUGUCCUGGUCACUUUGGUCAUAUUGAAUUAGCCAAGCCGGUUUACCACCCCGGCUUCAUUAAGAAGAUCAAGAAGAUUCUGGAGAUUGUCUGCCACAACUGUGGCCGAAUUUUAUCUGAUAGAAAUGAUCCGCAAUACAAAGCAGCCGUCUCCAUUCGAGACCCGAAGCGUCGGUUUGAUACGAUAUGGCGGAUUUGCAAGCCUAAAUUGGUCUGCGAGAGUGAUUUAAGUGCUGGGGAUGAAGGGUUCAACGAUGAUCCAAAGGGUGCUGCGAAGCGCUCCCAUGGAGGAUGCGGGAACAAACAGCCAGAAGUGCGCCAGAGUGCUCUUCAGCUCACCGGUACUUUUAAGCCUUCAAAGGAAGAAGUGAGCGAGGGUAGCCAGCCAGAGAAGAAGCUCAUUACUCCAGAGGCGGCUCUGCACAUCUUCCGAAGCAUUUCUUCCGACGAGAUACGCGACCUAGGUUUGAGCAAUGAUUAUGCGCGACCAGAAUGGAUGAUCAUCACAGUCCUACCAGUGCCCCCACCUCCCGUUCGACCUAGUAUCUCUAUGGAUGGAACCGGUCAGGGCAUGCGAGGAGAGGAUGAUUUGACGUAUAAGCUGGGUGAUAUCAUUCGCGCCAAUGGCAAUGUUCGACAAGCGCAUCAAGAAGGCUCUCCCGCCCAUAUCACGCUUGAUUUUGAGAAUCUCCUGCAAUAUCAUGUUGCUACAUACAUGGACAAUGAUAUUGCUGGUCAGCCUCAAGCCAUGCAAAAGUCGGGUAGACCUAUCAAGUCUAUCAGAGCUCGUCUAAAGGGCAAGGAGGGUCGUCUUCGUGGAAACUUGAUGGGCAAGCGUGUCGAUUUCUCGGCGCGUACCGUCAUUACGGGUGACCCCAACUUGUCCCUGGAUGAAGUCGGUGUACCGAGAAGUAUUGCCAGAACUCUGACAUACCCUGAGACUGUCACACCUUACAACAUCGGCAAGCUCUCGCAACUCGUCAAGAACGGUCCUAAUGAUCACCCUGGCGCCAAAUAUGUCAUCCGAUCCGAUGGAACCCGUAUCGAUCUCCGGCAUAACAAGAACACCUCGGGGGUCAACUUGGAGUAUGGGUGGAAGGUUGAGCGACAUAUCAUCGAUGGAGAUUUCAUCAUCUUCAAUCGACAACCUUCGUUGCACAAGGAGUCUAUGAUGGGUCACAGAGUCAAGGUCAUGCCUUACUCCACCUUCAGACUCAACUUGUCAGUCACGUCGCCCUACAAUGCCGAUUUCGACGGUGACGAGAUGAACUUGCACGUUCCACAGACCGAGGAAACUCGAGCUGAGGUCAUGCAACUUUGUAUGGUACCCCUUAACAUUGUUUCUCCUCAGCGAAACGGUCCUCUUAUGGGUAUUGUGCAGGACACUCUUGCUGGGGUGUACAAGAUGUGCCGCCGAGAUGUUUUCGUAACAAAGGAGGCCUUGAUGAACAUCCUCCUCUGGGUACCGGAAUGGGAUGGGGUGGUUCCUCAUCCAGCUAUCAUCAAGCCCCGCCCCAGAUGGACUGGAAAGCAAAUCAUCAGUAUGGUUAUUCCUAAGCUUAUUAACCUUUACAUGCCCAACGAUAACCACGAGGAUUCACCUCUGAAAGAUGAUGGUGUUUUGGUGACUGGCGGGGAGCUGAUGUUUGGCCUUCUCACAAAGAAGAAUGUUGGAGCAGCUGGUGGUGGUAUCAUCCAUCUCAUUUUCAAUGAGCAGGGUCCCGAUGCUGCAAUGGCGUUCUUCAACGGUUGUCAGCGAGUGGUCAACUACUGGCUACUUCACCAUGGCUUUAGUAUUGGUAUCGGUGAUACGAUUCCAAACAAGAGCACAAUCGAGAAGAUUGAAAUUGAGAUCACCAAGCAAAAGGACGAGGUUGCUAAGCUCACUGCGCAGGCUACUGCCAACGAGCUUGAGUCGCUUCCUGGUAUGAACGUCCGUGAGACCUUUGAGAGUCAAGUCUCCAAGGCUCUAAAUACCGCUCGUGACAAAGCUGGUACGAGAACAGAGGAAAGCUUGAAAGAUGCCAACAAUGCUGUGCAGAUGGCUAAAUCAGGUUCCAAGGGAUCUACCAUCAAUAUUUCCCAGAUGACAGCGCUUGUGGGUCAACAAUCAGUCGAAGGAAAGCGUAUUCCUUUUGGCUUCAAAUACCGAACACUACCCCAUUUUACCAAGGACGAUUACUCGCCCGAAUCUCGUGGUUUCGUCGAAAAUUCCUAUCUUCGAGGUCUCACACCUACUGAGUUCUUCUUCCACGCCAUGGCUGGUCGUGAAGGUCUGAUUGAUACCGCUGUCAAGACUGCCGAAACAGGAUAUAUUCAACGUCGUCUUGUCAAGGCACUUGAAGACGUUAUGGCAAAGUAUGAUGGUACCGUCAGAAACUCUCUCGGUGAUAUUGUCCAGUUCGUAUACGGUGAGGAUGGCCUUGAUGGUACGAUCAUCGAAAAGCAGCGUGUUGAUAGCAUCAACAUGUCUCACAAGGCUUUUGAAGAUCGUUUCCGUAUGGAUGUCAUGGAUGAGUCCCAGCAGGUUAGUCCUGAAUUGUUGGAGCAUGCCAACGAGAUCAACGGUGAUCUCGCUGUGCAAGAGCUGUUGGAUCAGGAGUGGGAGCAGCUUGUUAAGGAUCGCGCCAUGUUGCGCGACGUCAACUUCAAGAAGAAGGACGAAGAGUAUAUGCAACUUCCUCUUAACGUCAUUCGAAUCAUCGACAGCGCCAAGCGUCUUUUCAAGGUAGAUGACUCCGAGCGAAGUGAUUUGCAUCCAGCUGAGGUUAUUCCUCAAGUCCGGCAGUUGUUGGAUAGCUUGGUUAUUGUUCGCGGUGAGGAUUACUUGUCACAGGAGGCACAGCUAAACUCUACACUGUUGAUCAAGGCUCACUUGCGAUCGCGACUCUCAUUCAAGCGUCUCGCCAUUUCAAUGCGAAUCAACAAGUUAGCAUUUGCCCAUAUACUAGGAGAAGUUGAGAGUCGAUUCUCAAGGGCUUUGGUCAAUCCUGGAGAAAUGGUCGGAGUUCUUGCAGCGCAAUCUAUCGGGGAACCCGCUACGCAAAUGACCCUCAACACUUUUCAUUUUGCUGGUGUGUCCUCCAAGAACGUCACUCUUGGUGUACCACGUCUCAAGGAGAUUCUCAACAUUGCCACAAACAUCAAGACGCCGUCCAUGGUUGUGUAUCAGGCCGACCCGAAUGGAGAUCAGGAGUCCGCCAAGUUAUUGCGCAGCAUGGUUGAGCACACUAACUUGCGCUCUGUCACUGCCGCCACUGAGAUAUACUACGACCCUGACAUCCAGUCUACAAAUAUCGACGAUGAUCUAGAUAUGGUCGAAUCUUACUUCAUUAUUCCUGAAGAGGCUGCCGAUUCUGUUGACAACCAGUCGAGAUGGGUUCUUCGUGUCAUCCUCGACCGCCAAAAGAUGUUGGACAAGGGCCUCAAGGUUGAUGAUGUGGCAAUCAGAGUCAAGGAGGAGUAUGCUACGGAUGUGGCUGUCAUCUUCAGUGACAACAAUGCUGAAGAGCAAGUCAUUCGUAUUCGAAUGAUCAAAGAUGCGAAGUUUGACGAAGACGAAGUCGAGGAAGACAUCAUGCUCAAACGUUUCGAGGCCCAUGUCCUUGAUACUUUGACACUUCGUGGUGUUCCGGGAAUCGAACGAGCUUUCCUCAACAAGGAGGUUGCCCUUAUUGAAACCGAUGACGGAGCCCUCCUCUCAUCCAAGUCGGAUAAGCGCUGUGAAGAAUGGUAUCUCGAUACGAGCGGAACUUCUCUGGCGGAAGUUUUAACUGUACCAGGUGUGGAUACCACACGAACAUACACAAAUCAUUUCAUCCAGGUCCUCGAAGUCUUUGGUAUCGAGGCAGCCCGAUCUGCUUUGAUGCGUGAAUUGACCCAAGUGUUGGCUUUUGAUGGUUCUUAUGUCAAUCAUCGCCAUCUCGCUCUUUUGGUCGAUGUCAUGACCUCUCGUGGUAUGCUGAUGGCAAUCACUCGCCACGGUAUCAAUCGUGCCGAUACGGGUGCUUUGAUGAGAUGUUCUUUCGAAGAAACUGUCGAGAUUCUUCUGGAAGCAGCUGCCAUUGGUGAACUUGAUGACUGCCGUGGUAUCUCUGAGAACGUUAUGCUUGGUCAGCUUGCUCCUAUGGGAACUGGCGAGCUCGAUGUUCUUCUCGAUCCGAAGAUGCUGGAGACUGUCAUCUCGGACAAUGGCAGAAUGGGUCUCAUGCCUGGUCUUUCCGUCAAGGGUAUGGAUGGUGGAGCUGCUACUCCAUACGACACCGGUUCUCCCCUGGCUGAAGUUGGAUACAUGGGUACCCCUGACUACACAGCUGGUUUCUCACCUAUUGAGACUGGUGGUGCAGCAACACCUUCUGGGUUUGCUACCGCAUACGGUGGAUUUGGAGAUAGCACUAGUCCUUAUUCGGCACGAAGCCCAGGUGGCGGCCAUGGUUACUCUCCUUCGAGUCCUUUCAACACGAGUCCAACCUCGCCUGGGUACACGCCUACAUCCCCUGGCUACAGCCCCACUUCUCCAGGGGGUAUUACCAGCCCAGGCUAUGCUUCGUCCCCAAGAUUCUCUCCAGUCAGCCCAGCUUUUACGCCAACUUCCCCAGCGUAUUCUCCAACUUCUCCUAGUUUUGUGUCGCCGACAUCACCGUCGUACUCUCCAACAUCACCAAACUACUCACCAACUUCACCACAUAUUUCACCAUCAUCUCCUAACUAUAGUCCCACAUCUCCAAGUUAUUCUCCAACUUCACCCAACUAUAGUCCAUCGUCGCCGAACUUUGCGGGUGGCACUAGCAAGACUUCUCCGGGAUCUGGCUUGUCUCCAACAAGCCCAGUAUACAGCCCCAGCAGUCCUAAUUUCAGCCCGACAAGUCCUCAAUACCAAGCUGGAAAUGUUACUUCUCCAAAAUACUCCCCAACUUCGCCAUCUUACUCUCCUACCAGUCCUCAGUUCUCUCCAACGUAA